AUGGAUGCUUGGGAGUUAAAUGAAGGCGCUGUGGGCUGGAAUUCUGAAACGUUGAUACCAUAUUUUGAUGCUGUGGAAGACAUUUUGAAAGUUGUUUAUCCUGCUAAUGACACACAAGGAUUAGUUGAUGCAAUCUUCCAAGCUUCAAGAACAGCAGGGUUUCCAUAUAACCCGUCUUAUAAUCAUGGACCAGAUAUGCUCGGUAUCGCUAACUUUGUAAUGAGUAUCAAUGAUGUUGGUAAGGAAAUAAAACAACAAGUAAACUCAAUCUACAAUCGAGUUACCUCAUAUGAGAAAUAUCUUCAAUCAUUCUGGCCAGCCAAUUUACAAAUGAUUACUGGUCUUCAAGCCAUUGGCUUCAACUUCAACAGCGAUGAGCUUCCUGCAGUUGAUCAUGUUGAACUGUACAGUGAAAAAUAUCAAUGUAAGUUCUCGGUUGCAGUUGGUAAAGAGCUCAUUCUCAGUACCGGAACGAUCAACUCACCUAAACUUCUUCAAAUCAGUGGUAUCGGUAAUGCUACUCAAUUACAAUCGUUGGGUAUCGAAGUCGUAAAAGAUCUUCCGGGCGUCGGUAUUAAUUUACGUGAUGAUGUGGUCGUGAAUAUAGUUUAUACAACUGAUGCCAUGGAAAUAGAAAGCCCACCUGCCUCCUUUCUGAGCGCAGUCUUAUUCGCAGUGGAUAAUAGCACAACACAACAAGUAUCUUAUGAUAGUGGAACAGGCUCCCUAACAAACAUUGAAAUGCUAUUUAGUACAGGAAAUAUGAUAGGAAAUUCGUGGCCAGCUGAUUGGCAGAACUCACUAGUUCUGUCACCAAAUAUUCAACAGUGCAAGUCAUAUGGUACAGUUAUGAUACAGAAUUCGAAUCCUUUGACGCCACCUGCGAUUGAUCCUGCUUAUUUAAGCGUUGACUCAGAUUUUGAUCGGGUGAUAAACUCAAUUUUACUAGGUCGACAACUUAUGUCACAGCCAAGUUUUGCAAAGUGGAACUUUCGAGAAGUUUCACCUGGUCUUGCUUAUCAAACUCGUGACGAACUUAUUGAUUGGAUUCGUAGAAAUGCUACUACAGGAUUUCAUUACAUUGGCACAUGUAAGAUGGGAACAGAUUCAUUGUCUGUCGUCAAUCCAAACAACAUGAAAGUUUGGGGAGUUGAACGUUUGAGAAUCAUUGAUGCGUCGGUAGCUCCAGCAUCGUUCUCAGCCAAUACACAAUCCUUGGCCUAUGCAGUGGCAGCACGAGCAGCUGAUCUUAUUGUGGCAGAAUACAAGUUGAAACAGAAAUCUAAUCACUAG